AUGUGCAAGAGGGAAGGUUAUGGUGUGCAGAAAGAGACAGUAGUGUGCAGUGUGACAAAAUGGAAGAAAGAACGUGAACCACUGGCUCUUAUCAACCUCAAAAAGAAAAACGAAGAAACUGGGGAAGAAGAACUUGCCUCACGCUUAGAUCACUGCAAAGCAAAAGCCACCAGGCACAUAUUCCUUAUCCGUCAUUCUCAGUAUAAUUUGGAUGGCCGGGCUGAUAAAGACAGAACUCUGACUCCACUUGGUCGAGAGCAGGCUGAACUGACUGGACACAGGCUGGCAAGCUUGGGAUUAAAAUUUGAUCAGAUUAUCCACUCCUCUAUGACUAGAGCAACUGAAACAACUGAAAUUAUAAGCAAACAUCUCCCAGGAGUCAAAAAAAUCAGUACUGAUCUGCUGAGAGAGGGAGCACCUAUAGAACCAGACCCUCCAGUCUCUCACUGGAAACCAGAAGCUGUGCAGUAUUACGAAGAUGGAGCUCGAAUUGAGGCUGCUUUUCGAAACUUCAUUCAUAGAGCUGAUGCAAAGCAGGAAGAAGACAGCUACGAGAUCUUUGUCUGCCAUGCCAAUGUGAUCCGCUAUAUUGUGUGCAGAGCAUUGCAGUUCCCCCCAGAAGGCUGGCUGCGAAUGUCCCUUAACAAUGGCAGUAUAACUCACUUGGUGAUACGUCCGAAUGGAAGAGUGGCACUUCGAACACUGGGUGACACAGGUUUCAUGCCUCCAGAUAAAAUCACGCGCACCUGAAUGAGUAAAACUGAUGGCUGUCCAGGAGCUGCCUCUAGUCUCUUUGCACUGGUACAUUCAGCUAUGGUACCACUAGCUUUUCAUCUGUUCUAUUGGGGUGUGAUGCUGUCUUAAAAUGUCCUUUAGGCCCUUGCCCCUUCAUACAUAUUCAUAUCUGCCUUUCAGU